UGAAGUCUCCGCAUAGAUGAACAGUGGAACAGCAAAGAUAUCACCUCGUCAAGGAGGCAAACACACCGUACAUUGGUUUCGUAAAGGUUUACGAUUGCAUGACAACCCAUCUCUUCAAGAAGGCCUUCGAGGAGCAACAACAUUUCGAUGUGUCUUUGUUCUUGAUCCAUGGUUUGCUGGAUCUUCUAAUGUUGGUAUAAAUAAAUGGAGAUUCCUUCUUCAAUGUUUAGAAGAUCUGGAUCGUAACCUGAGGAAAUUAAAUUCACGUCUAUUUGUUAUUAGAGGUCAGCCGGCUGACACCUUACCUAAACUGUUUAAGGAGUGGGGUACUACUGCUUUAACUUUUGAAGAGGACCCCGAACCUUUCGGAAGAGUACGUGACCAUAACAUUACAGCGUUAUGUAAAGAGCUUGGUAUUUCUGUAGUUCAAAAAGUAUCGCACACUUUAUAUCAUUUGCAACAUAUCAUAGACAGAAACGGAGGUAAAGCGCCGCUUACUUACCACCAAUUUUUAGCAGUUAUAGCAUGCAUCGGUUUGCCACCACAACCAGAACAACCCGUAACACCAAAAACAGUCGAUGGAGCUCAAACGCCAUUAUCAGAUGAUCACGAUGAAAAAUUUGGUGUUCCAACCUUGGAAGAACUUGGUUUUGAUACGAAAGGAUUAAAACCGUUAGUUUGGCCGGGCGGUGAAACGGAAGCUCUGACACGACUAGAACGUCAUUUAGAAAGAAAAGCAUGGGUUGCUUCCUUCGGUAAACCAAAAAUGACACCACAAUCUCUGCUACCUUCACAAACGGGUUUAUCUCCAUAUUUAAGAUUUGGAUGUUUAUCUACUCGUUUAUUUUAUUACCAUCUUACAGAUCUGUAUAAGAAAAUUAAAAAGGCAUAUCCCCCACUAUCAUUACAUGGACAAUUACUAUGGAGGGAAUUUUUUUAUUGUGCUGCAACAAAAAAUCCAAAUUUUGAUAAAAUGUUGGGUAAUCCAAUCUGCGUGCAGAUACCUUGGGACAAAAAUGCAGAGGCACUUGCCAAAUGGGCAAAUGGUCAAACUGGUUUUCCCUGGAUUGAUGCUAUCAUGGUUCAACUUAGACAGGAAGGAUGGAUUCAUCAUCUUGCUAGACAUGCUGUAGCAUGUUUUUUAACAAGAGGAGAUUUGUGGAUCUCUUGGGAAGAAGGAAUGAAAGUAUUUGAAGAAUUGUUGUUGGAUGCCGAUUGGUCUGUUAAUGCGGGAAUGUGGAUGUGGUUAUCCUGCUCAAGUUUUUUCCAGCAGUUUUUUCAUUGUUACUGCCCAGUAAAAUUUGGAAGGAAAGCUGAUCCGAAUGGAGAUUACAUAAGACACUAUUUGCCAGUCUUAAAAAACAUCCCGACACACUACAUCCAUGAACCUUGGAUGGCUCCAGAAUCUGUUCAAAGAAGUACUAAAUGUAUAAUAGGAAAAGAUUAUCCUCUACCAAUGGUUAACCAUACAUCCGUUAGUAGAAUCAAUAUUCAACGCAUGAAACAAGUCUACCAGCAAUUAUCAAAUUAUCGCCCCAAUGAUGAAUCAAAUUAUGCUAGAUUGAAACGACAUGGAAUGUAUCCGAAAAGAAUAGAUAUAUCGAAAUGUACUGUUGAAAAAUAGAAUGUAA